AUGCCGACAAGGGGUCGCAAGGUCCCUAAAUUUACCAAGUUUUCAGGUGAUACUAGUGAAUCUACCACAGAACACAUAGCCAGGUAUAUGACGAAGGCUGGAGAUUUGGCGAACAAUGAAGAUCUGAGGAUGAAAUAUUUCCCCAGUUCUCUAACCAAGAACGCUUUCACAUGGUUCACAACACUACCACCAAACUCCAUAGACACUUGGUCUCAGUUAGUAAGAUUGUUCCAUGAACAAUUCUAUAUGGGUCAAACCAAGAUAAGCCUCAAAGAGUUGGCCAGUAUUAAGAGGAAGUUCACUGAGCCUAUAGACGAUUAUCUGAACAGGUUCCGUUUGCUAAAAGUUAGAUGUUUUACAGUGGUACCUGAACAUGAAUUAGUCGAAAUGGCCGUUGGGGGUCUAGAUUACUCCAUCAGGAAUAAAUUGGACACUCAAUAUCUGCGAGAUAUGGUCCAGUUAGCUGAUAGAGUUCGCCAGGUCGAAAGAUUAAAGGCUGAAAAGGCUAGAGCAAAUAAAAGUUAUAAGAAAGAAAGGGUUACCUACGUCGAAGUAGACGAAGGAGAACCAGAAAUCUUCGAGGACCAGUAUGGUUUCGAAGACUGCGAAGUAGAUCUAGCUGAAUUAAAAGAAGCAGGCCCCUAUACUUGCAAGAUGAUCACACCAUCCAACGGGAAAAACCCCGUCGAGGUAGAAAAGAAUGAUAAGUUUCCUAAGAAAACAUACACAUUCGAUGUAACUAAAUAUGAUGAAAUAUUUGAUUUGCUUGUGAAAGAUGGCCAAAUGGUUUUUCCUCCUAACAUUAAGAUUCCUCCGUUAGAGCAACGGAAGAAGAGAGGCUACUGUAAAUACCAUAACUUUUCGGGCCACAAAACCUCAUAA